AUGCACAAUGUGAGACAUAGUCGCGUUCCGCGCUCGUUAAACGAGGCUGAGGCAUUGGGAACGUUCAACGCUCACGCCCCUGCUACCCAUCCCCCCGCACCUGCCGCAUCAGCUCCUGCUCGAUCUGCUCGCGCAGCCGGCAAAGCUCCCGCAGCCUCUGCUUCACCUGCCAACCACCACGGCCACAAUCAUCCUCAUCCACCCGCCAAGCCUGCCGCAGAAGGCAAAGCACCCGCUCACGCUCUUCUCAUCACGCACCAGAUCACCCAACGCAGCAUCUACUGCGUUCCGCAACGCACCGGACCUACCACACCCUCAUCACCACCUACUCUGCCAUCUACCAAGCGCGUACAUAAAAUGCCGAAGGCAGAGCCUCAGCCUGCUGCGGGCAGCUCGAGAGCGCGAGCGAGGGCAAUGGCGACUGAGAUCUGGAAGAAGAAGCGGGAUGGGACGUUUAUGAUCGGUAGUGCUGGAAGCGUCGGAGGGGCACCUUCCGCAGCUGGAUCAGCUGCAACGGAAGCGUCCAAAAUGGAGGCCAGGAUGAAGGUUCGGCGGAGCCUAGGUUUCAAUGAAGAUAGCUUGGGGAUCAAUAGAGCUCAGGCCUUGGCCGGUGGGGCGGGAGCGAGUGCUUUGUCUGUUGCGGCAGGCUUCGCGGGUGGAUGGGGAUGGUUCAGCCCGCGAUUGAGAGCAGUUGCGGUAGCUGCUGGAGGGUGGGCGGCGGGGCCACCAGUAGCUGCGGUGGGCAUGGGCUGCUUGCCGGCGGCUCGGGAACUGGGAGCGGGAUGGGCGGGGUGGGCGGGAGCGAGAGCAGGUGCCGGGGCGGGAGUAGCGGGUGGGGGAGGGGGAUUGAGAACGGGUUGUUGCAACGGUGCCGAUGGCGGUCGUGGUGCUGGCUCUGCCGCUUAUUGA